AUGCUCUGCGAGUUCAUCGCGGAGGCCGCAGCGGAAGUCCGGACCAGCGUCCGAGUCAAACACGGCGGCGGCAGUCGCGGGGGCCAUAUUGUCUUCGACCCCACAGGGACGCUGGCCGACGGGAGAGCGGUGAUGCGACACUUCCAGUACGGCGACUUGCCGGGCGACACCGUGGGCGGAUCGUCGGCCCCGUCCGAGCCCAGGCCCGGUCGUCCGGCAUAUCGGUUCAGUGACGACGACGCGGUACGCCCGUGGCUAUUUGGGAAUUGGUGGGCAUCGAACGACGGCGUUGGGCCCCUGCAGCUGGUUGGGUUGGGGGUCCGGCUGUCACGAACGCCUUUGAUGGAGGAUGCAGAGGGCAACGGGAAGGAGGUCUACUAUCCGGAUACUGGGGAUACCCGCGUCGAUCUACAUUUCCACGGGACAUUCUUGCGCAUUCUUGCGGAUGAUGUUGAUGCAUGGAUGGAGACUCAUGCUGUCUCGCGGAUACAAGAUUCACCUCUCGCGAACGUCAUUCCGGGCAGACUCCGAGCGACGGAUUUCGCGUCCAACCUCAGCAUGCGUCGCCUGGAAGACAGGCUCCGGCUCUGCAACCGGACGCACGGGGCGACCUGUGCAGCCUGGAGACUGCUGAAUGCCGAGUUGCCCACGCGAGUCCUUGACGUUGGGGUAGAUUCGACCGCCGCGCGGAUCAGACUGGUUGAGCCUGUCAACAUGCGAUCGGCGUAUAUAACUCUCAGUCAUCGAUGGGGAGACCGGACAGACAUUGUCAUGACAACAACGUCGACCAUCCAGGAAUUCCGGAAUGGGAUCGACAUGAACAUGCUGCCCAAGGUCUUUGCGGAUGCCGUGUUCACCUGCCGACAGCUCCGCGUCCGCUACCUGUGGAUUGAUACACUGUGCAUCCUUCAGGAUGACGAGUCGGACUGGGAACGGGAGUCUGCGCGGAUGGCGGACAUCUACGCCAACUCUUACCUGACAAUUGCCGCGUCCAGCUCGCCACAUACAUGCUUCCCGGAUUUCGAAACCCGGUCCGAGGAGCUACACCUCCCGCCGGGUGCUAUAUCAGUAGGGCUGCCCUCGAUUGCGGACGCCGUGCCCAUGCUGGACACCAGGGACAACCCGUCGGGCCCUAGAUGGUUGAGCCGCAAGCGAUUUGUUGCGUUCAGGAUGCAGCGGGAUCAUGACGCCGCCAGCUGGCUCUACAUCCACGUCGGCUGGACGCCAUCGUCCACCCGGACAGACCCCAAGCCCUACUUCAUCGGCGGCUUCGGCCGGCGAUUUGACCCCCUUGCCCAUGAGCAGCUCAACUCGCGAGGGUGGACCCUCCAGGAACGGCUGCUAUCCUCACGGACGGUCCAUUACGCCACCGACCAAAUGUACUGGGAAUGCGAAAAGACGUUUGUCGCCGAGGACGGCUCUUCCUUUGACCCGUCCAUUUUCAGCCUCAAUUCCCUGAUCGACCGCCAAUGCCUCCCAGCCUCGGAGCAUGGCUUCCGCCACUGGGGCCACACCUCGUAUAUCGAGGGCUUCAGCCCGCAGAUGGAGAACCCAGACGGCCGGUGGCGCGGCGGAUGGCUGGAGCACGUUCAGCGAUACAGCGAGCGCGAUCUCACGGUAUCCCACGACAAACUGCCGGCACUAUCAGGCCUGGCGGCCAUCAUUGCCGCUCGCACCGGCGACGAGUAUCUGGCCGGCGUGUGGAGGGACCAUGUGAUGGAGGAUCUGCACUGGAGGGUGUACCGCAGAGACGAGCGUCGCACCGGCUUCCAGGCGAUCCACAGCGAAGGAAUCUCAUUCGCAGUGGCCCAUGGCCGCUUGUCGUACUCCUACGGCGACAAGCUGUGGGAUGUGGCAGUCCCUCCUGCAUCGCGCGGCCCAUCCUGGUCCUGGGCGUCGCUCGACGGCCGGAUCAGGUUCGUGCCGUUGGACUUUACGCGCCUCCGAGCGUCGUUCGUUUCCUGUCAUAUCAAGAACUCCCGUCUGAACCGGUUCGGAACUGUCAAGAAGGGGUGGAUGCGGCUGUUCGUAAGUACCCGUCUCUGCUGGCGGACCCUUGCUGGAGAUGCACCGCAGCAAGCGCACGACGUGGGAUGCAAAGGACCCCCUCGGUCUCGGCGUGCUUUCAGAAGUCCAUCUAGACUCUGGUGUUUCUCUCGGCGAGGCGUUCUUUGA